UGUCAUUGUCAGUGUUAGGUUUCUUUGUUUACGUGCAACUAAUAGCUAAACGAUGACUUAACCAUUGAAAAAUUGUACAUUAUUGACAACCACCAAAUUUUGGAAAAUUCGCAGCCAAUUUAUUUCGUUCGUAAAUAAAUUUAUCAUCACAUGAAGUAAACACUUGUUAUCUUCUUACAUACUAAUUUACAACAUUUAAGUGGAACAAAAUGAUGUGUACUUUCACUCUGUUACGUCAUAUGUGAUCUGAAGAGUGCAGUGCGACUGUAUUUUUUCCGAUUUAUUAUAAUAUAUGCUUAUGGUGAGUGAUUCAAUAUCAAGGCAAAAUUCUUUGGUAGUGUUGAGUCAACCAUGACAGUGGUAAACACCAGUGAAGAAUUGUGUUUAUCAAACGUAAUUUGGUGCACGACGGUGUUGGGCAAAGUUCUACCGGAAAAACUUGAAGACUUUAGGAAGAUUUUAAACGGGUCAAAUUGUCACUAAGGAGUUUAAAAUGCGGAAAAAGCUAUUAGCCUUACUCUGGAUUAUAACAUUAUCAACAUGUCUUCGAACUGCUUUGGGUGUUUACAAAAUUGGGGUCGGAAUAGCUGAUUGUACAGGACCGGCUGCUGAAGUUACAUUUAUCGGUUACGGAAAAUCGAAUCAGAAGGGUUGUGGCAUACAUUUGCGUCAGUUUUCUCGGGCGUUUGUCAUCGAUGAUGGGUCUCAAAGAGUUGCUUUUGUUAGCGUCGAUGCUGGAAUGAUGGGUUAUGGAGUUCGAAAAGCUGUCAUUUCUCGCCUACAAAAACAAUACAAAGACACUUACACUGAAAGUAACUUGAUUUUAAGUGGAACACACACUCACAGUGCUCCCGGAGGAUUUCUAAUGGAUUUUCUGUAUGACAUUCCGAGUUUGGGAUAUGUGAAAGAAACGUUUGAAGCUCUUGUUGAUGGAAUCACUAGAUCUGUUGUCAGGGCUCAUGAGAAUAUGGUAGAUGGGAAAAUUUUUAUCUCGACGGGAGAGCUGACUGGAGCUAAUAUUAACAGGAGUCCAACUUCGUAUUUGCUAAAUCCUGAGGAGGAACGUGAUCGUUACAAGUAUGACGUGGACAAGGAAAUGGUGCAACUACAACUUGUCAACUCCGCCAAGUCCACCAUCGGCGUCAUUAGCUGGUUUCCCGUCCAUCCCACCUCCAUGAACAAUACAAACUGCCUAAUUUCCUCAGAUAAUGUGGGCUACGCCUCCGUCCUGAUGGAAAAGUUCCUAAACAAAAAUUCGCUCGUUGGCCAAGGACGGAUUGUGGCGGCUUUCGCCUCGACGAAUUUAGGGGACGUCUCACCGAAUAUUAAGGGGCCGAGGUGUUUGACAACGGGGGAGGAAUGUGAUGUGGUUUCGAGUACUUGCGACGGACAAGCCAAGCUUUGCGUGGCGGCUGGACCCGGAGACAACAUGUUUGAGAGUACGAAAAUUAUCGCAGAGAAAUUAUUUGAACAAUCUAAGAUUCUUUUACAAUCCGCCAACGCUAAAGAAGUGACCGGCCCCGUCCGACACAUCCACCAAUACGUCGACAUGCCGACCCAAAACGUGACCAUCGCACUACCCAACGGUACCAUAACCCAUGUCACUGGAUGCCUCCCAGCAAUGGGAUACAGCUUCGCUGCCGGUACCACCGAUGGAGUGGGUGAAUUGGGUUUUGCCCAAGGCACUAAAUCGACAAACUCAUAUUGGAACACAUUACGAGAUUUGCUUUUCAAAGCGACGGAAGAAGACAUCAGGUGCCAACAUCCUAAACCAAUUUUAAUCAACUCGGGAAGGAUUUCGAUUCCUUACCAAUGGCAACCCCGUAUUGUUUCCACUCAAAUCGUUCAAGUGGGUGAAGUGCUUCUAAUUGCCGUUCCCGGUGAAUUCACCACCAUGUCUGGCAGACGUCUCCGAAAUAGCGUGCAGGAAGCCGCCAUCAGUAAUGGGGCUUCCCCUGAUACAAAGGCGAUCAUUACUGGCUUGAGUAACGUCUAUACUAGCUACAUUACAACGCCGGAGGAAUACCAAAUGCAGCGAUAUGAGGGAGCUUCCACUAUUUACGGGCCUCACACGCUUACGAUUUACAUAGAAAAAUAUAAGGAAUUGAUAAGGGCUCUCCUGAAAGAAGAAAAGCUGGAUUCUGGCCCUUUACCUGUUGACCUUUCUCAUAAAGUUAUUUCACUACAACCUGGGGUUGUGUUUGAUACUCCAGGUUUGAUACAUCAUUUCGGCGAUUGUUUGCUCCAACCUCCAACGCGAACAAGAGUGAGGAGCAAAGUUCGAGUGAAAUUUGUGUCUGGCCACCCUCGUAAUAAUUUAAUGAACGAAAAAACUUUUCUCACUGUUGAAAAAUUGACAGACGGUGACAAAUGGAUCAUCGUUGCUACCGAUGCGGACUGGGAAACAAAGUUUAUUUGGACGCGGACUUCUACUCUAAUUGGUGGAAGCGAAGCAACAAUUGAAUGGGAAAUCCCCUACGAUGCAACUUCGGGGCUUUACCGAAUACACCAUUUUGGAUACUUCCAACAUAUUUUUGGCGGAGUUCAUCCAUACAGCGGUGUAACUAAUACUUUCCAAGUUAUUCAAUAAUUGUAAGACUGACAAGUACUUUAAUUAAAAUGUAUUAGAUAUCUUGCCAUUGUAGAUAAAUAAAAUUGUUUAAAAAA